GCGUCGAGUCUCAGUUGGUCUCAGUCUCGAUGAUCAGUCUGUCAGUGCGCCUUGAGCUGUUUGGUUGUUCGGAGUCGUGGAAGCGGUUUCAAGAAGGUUUCUCUAAUCGAAGAGGCUUGUGAAAGGUGUUCUUGUUAAAUAGGGUCAAGAAUCAGUCAUGGCACGAACCAAGCAAACAGCUCGUAAAUCCACCGGAGGAAAGGCUCCUCGUAAACAACUCGCUACCAAAGCUGCGCGUAAAAGUGCACCGUCUACUGGAGGCGUCAAGAAGCCGCAUCGCUACAGACCUGGCACUGUAGCUCUUCGAGAAAUUCGAAGAUAUCAGAAAUCAACAGAGUUGUUGAUUAGAAAAUUGCCGUUUCAACGUCUGGUUCGUGAAAUAGCCCAGGAUUUCAAGACCGAUCUGCGUUUCCAGAGCGCUGCUAUUGGAGCUUUGCAAGAAGCAUCAGAAGCUUAUCUGGUCGGUUUGUUUGAAGAUACAAAUCUGUGUGCUAUCCACGCCAAACGGGUCACCAUUAUGCCAAAGGAUAUUCAGUUGGCACGACGAAUUCGCGGUGAACGUGCUUAAAUCACUCACAAUUGCACUCCUUAUUUUAUUAUCAUAAUGUAUGUUCUUUUUUUUUAAACAAGCGAGACGUUCAAACAAUUCUUUCUGUGUAUAUUUACUGUAGUCAACACUGCCAAUUGAUGUAAGAAGUAAAUAAUCAGAAUUAAAUAAGGAGUGAGUUUCUCUAAUGUAAACUCUUGUAAUUCGACACAAUAUAAUGGAGAUUUAAUAUGGGAUGAGAUAAAAAAAAAAAAAAAAAAAG